ACACUCCGCAAUCUCCAAUCGCCACAUCUCAUCUCCCCACUUCCCGAAUCCUUUCCCUUCCAGUGCAGCAGUUUGCCAUGGACGCCUCAGCCACCAUCACCACAGGGAAGACGAAGAAGGGCGCGGCUGGGUGCAAGGCGGGCGGCCCCAGGAGGAAGUCCGUGUCGCGGUCCGUCAAGGCCGGGCUCCAGUUCCCCGUCAGCCGCAUCGGGCGCUACCUCAAGAAGGGCCGCUACGCCCAGCGCGUCGGCACCGGCGCCCCUGUCUACCUCGCGUCCGUCCUCGAGUACCUCGCCGCCGAGCUGCUGGAGCUCGCGGGCAACGCCGCCAAGGACAACAAGAAGAGCCGCAUCAUCAUCCCCCGCCACCUGCUGCUCGCCGUCAGGAACGACGAGGAGCUCGGCAAGCUGCUCGCCGGCGUCACCAUUGCGCAUGGCGGCGUGGUCCCCAAGAUCAACCCGGUGCUGCUCCCCAAGAAGAUGGUCGAGAAGGCAACCAAGGAGCCCAAGUCGCCGAAGAAGACCGCCAAGUCCCCCAAGAAGGCGUAGGAGGCGCGUCGCCUUGCUUAAAUUGUUGUAUGUAGCUGGGAUGGAUCGAUGGGUGUGCUUCAAAGUAGACGGUUGUUGUUGGUCUGGGUGUGUCGCUGUAUCUUCUCAUCUGUGACUUACAUGAAACAAUGCGUUGCAUAAACAA